AUGGAUUCAUCAACGCCGACAUUACAGCAGUUGACAAACACUCCAGUAAGGGAAGAGGCAAAAGCAUGCUUUCGAGUUAUCGCAUCUAGCGCUCGCUUUACGGACAAACACGAUGAGCGUACUCAAAGUAAUCAGCCCACUUCAAUGGCAUCGACAUUGAACUGCAGUGAAAACUGUUGUAGGGAGCAUGUGGGAGAAAAAGGGGAGAAUAUGCGUGUCGAAAAGCGCUUGAGCGGUGAGCAAGUGAACUCCGCCCCAUUCAAAAAGCUUCCAACGACUCGAAGAAACAGCCAGAAGCUUCAAAAUUGUGUAUCAAAUGCCCAAGAUAACUUCAGAUGUCAUGGGACGCAGAAAGAUCCCGAAUAUCGCGUUUCCUUAGAUGGUACAUCCGCGGGUCCGACUGAUAUCAAGGUGGAUCAGCAGCAGCAACUGCAAGAGGAGUCACCCAUGUUUGGGGAAGCUGCGGUGCACGCAGUGAUGGCUGCCCGCAAGCUUCGAAGAAAACAGCAAAAUGCAGAAAGAGAGAGCCAGUUAUCAAAAAUCCGCGUCGAGUAUGCUAAGGAGAGGAUGGCUGUAGAAGAGACUGUGAGAAACCGGCUUCUGCAGGAAAGCUCCAUAGGGAUGCCCAAGCAAAUCUCAGCGGAGCAAGAGAAACUGAAACCUAGGGCAUCCAGUUUCACGAGCAACAUCCCAGUAAGGCCUUAG